UGACCUCCCUUUGUGUACUUCUCCCUGUCAAAGCUGGCUGUUUGUUUGAGCUGCGGAUGCGUGACAGGGUCAGUCUGUUACCGUACUUACAGAAGCACGUUCCUGCUAAGAAGCUCCCUGUUGAGACAAAAAUGAACCUGCCGUCCAGAGAGGAGUGUGAGGGGUGGGACCCGGCACAAGUAGCCUUCUUUUUGGGCCAGAACAGUAUGGCAGAGUGUGCUGGCACCGUGAACAGACUGAGAAUUGAUGGACACAGACUUCUGAGCCUGUCUGACAGUGACAUGAACAAGUUUAGUCUUGUCUACCAACCGCAGCUUCAGAAGAUUGUUCAAGACAUCAAGAAAAAUGACGGCAGCUUACUGAACAAACUAAGAAGAUUGAAAAGUAAACCGGUUCCAAAAGUACCUGCGAGGGAUUACAGAGAUUUCAGGGAAGAUGAAGAACGGUCGGACUCUGAUUAUGACAAUGACAUGUAUGAGGAUCCACAUGAGGAGCAGGACGACAACUACGAGCCCCCCCCCAGCCACAAAGCCUUCACCCCUACGCCCUCUGCUUCCUUCCCGAGGGGGGAGUACCUCGACAACUGCCGGAGCAGACCCGGCCGGCCGCCCAGGAAGCCCCUCCGCCCGGGCAAAGGCUCCAGACAGCUGCCCCCAGAACCCCCCCUUCAAGGGAGCGAUGAAGAAGACUACAUCAAUCCAGACUGCAGUAAUGAUGAUGACAACUACAUUGAACCUGCUGAGAAUCCCCCUUCCAAUCCUAUGAUGCAUUGUGGGAGCAAAGCAGGAAGGGACCGUCCCAUGAGGCCUACACCUUUAACAGAGCGCUCACCCAGUCCUGACUUUUAUGAAGUUCCUGACAAAGAGGGGAACUCAUUAUCUCUUCCAGCAAACAGACUUUGUCCAAUCCCCGCCACACAGUCUCCUUCUACACCACCCAAGCCCAGCCCCAGCCCCAGAGCGAACCCGAGGAGAUCUCCUACUCCUGUCCAGAAGUCCUCAGGCGACGAUGAAUAUGAAGUUUGUGAUCCAGAAGAUAGUUCCACUAAUAAACGUGCCGAGGGUCCUCCUCGACCCCGACCAAAACCUUUGCCAAGAGAGAGGUCCCCAAUACCACCUGGCAAGCCGAAGCCAAAAUUCAAACCUAGGGAAUUUGAAAGCCGAACGCUGCCUGUGAUGCAGAAGGAUCUGAAGCCUCAGAGAACAGCUUUCACACUGGACCCACAACGACCAAAAAUUCCUUUUCCACAGAUGACCUUCCAAAAGCCAACUGACAGAGGAAGUGUCAUUGCUGAGAAUGGGACAACAGACCAAGAUAAGGACGCAGGCGUCCAUAAGAAAUCCUGGUAUGCCUCGGCAUGUGACCGCAAGACUGCUGACGAUGCGUUGUGUCGCUCGGGCAAAGACGGGGCGUUCAUGGUGAGGAGGAGCUCCGGUCAGGACGCACAGCAGCCAUACACACUAGUGGUGUUUUAUAAGGGCAGAGUGUACAACAUCCCCAUCCGCUUCAUAGCCGGCACUCAGCAGUACGCUCUGGGAAGAGAGAAGAAAGGGGAGGAGUUUUUCAGCAGCAUCUCCCACAUCGUAGAGAACCACCAGAGGAACGCUCUGGUGCUGAUCGACAGCCAGAGUAACAGCAAGGACGCCGUCAGACUGAGCCAGCCCGUCACGCCCUGAUGACCUCACCACGGAUUGGACAAACCUGAUAUUUUUACUGUCAGACUAUUGUUUACAGAAGUCAUUAUUUGAUGCAUAUCGCCUCCCAGUGUUCAAUGAAUGCUUCAUCCACAUCAUUUACAUUUGUAUAUCUAUUACUAUCCCUGAGUGACCUUGCAUUUGUGAAGAAUCUUCCAGAAGAAUCUACAAGCGGAGAACAAUCUGAAGGAGUUGCAAAAACGUAUACAUUUCAUUUAUCCAGAGCAACUCACAAUAAUGAAGAUACAAACUCAGAACAGCAACUUAUUUAAAGUUCCAGAUACUGAAAUGAUAUGUUUCUCUUUAUUGGCCAAUGUGCAGUCUGUGACGGAAAAAAACAUGCAUUUAGAAAACUCUAAACUGACCAUGCGGAGAGUUUUAAAUCGUAAGGUUUUAGUCAGAAUGCAUGUGUUUUGGAAGUAGUCAGCAUAAUGCUGAGCAGAAGACUUGUGUUAUAUGCUUAUACACUAGACUAAAAGCUUAAGAUGUAAAACACCACCCAGAAGUUUCUUAGUGGAUGUUUUGUUCCAUCGCAGACUGAAAACCUAGCAUUAUAUUGAUAUUGAUGAUCAUGGUGUUUUUUGAAGGAUCAAAUAUGAUUUGUUAAGUCUGUGGAAUACUAUUUGUUUAUAUCUCAGCUAACAAGGUGAAAAACUGCUAACGCUUUGGUCAUUUUGUGGUUGAAGUAUUCCUUUUAUAUUUAGUCCAGUAAACAGGAUUGUAUGUAUUGCACUCAGAAGACUAUAACUUUUUGAAGAUGUUUUUAAUAAAAAUGAAUGUGGGGAAUGA